AUAUCGGAACAAACUGUCAUUGCUGGGAAGCCAAUUAAGUUCGUUUUAUUUAAAUUCCUUCAAAAAGCCAUUAUCAAUAAUCCUGUUAAUGAGUCUUUUCGACAAGCCAAUUGUUUAUUUAUACCCUAAAUACAUCGAGAUAUCGGUUUGAUACUUAUCUGCAAUCUCUGUACCUUUUAAAAAAGGAAAAACAAAUAGAAUCGUACAGGAACCACCAAUAUAAGCGACAAAGAAAUUAACGCGAAGUCCACGCAUUUCAUCUCGUGUUUUUUUUACGAAGAAAAGCACAUCUGUAGGAACGAGACACGCUUGAAACUACACGAGUCGGUACUUCGUUUAUACAGCAGCUGCUUAUUAGUCGGAAACGAUAUUUCGUGUUUGCUUAACUCUUAGCAAUUUAAAUGAAUAGGAAUCUGGGAGAACAAAGGCGUGGGAUUGAAUACAAAUUCGUGAUACAACAGUCAUUAAUUGCCUUACCGUAAACCGCAGUAUAACGAUUUUGAUGAAAUUUUGCGAGUCGCGCGCAGGUGCAAGGCGAGAUGUUUGACCAGAUUUACGUGUAGUUGAUGGAAACAUUUACGGAAGCCGAACGCAAAUCAGUCACAACAGAGAUACGAUUGCUCAAAGGCCCUUGAAAUAAAACCAGAGUUCGCGGGCAAAAAACCCAAAGUAACUCUCCGUCAACACGAACACCAGAGCGCCCCGGUGGUUUGAAGGAAUUGACAAUGAAGAAGCUCUUGGGCAAAACACAUUCUCGGGAGGCUAGCCCAAGCGAGAUCGUUUACUCUCCGAACAAGGCGGGCUCCCCGAUGAAAACAAUUAGAUCACCGAAAAUUGAGAAUGUUGAUGCCAACGAUAAGAUUGUCAACGGACACGGAGGAGCUAAAAACGGAAAGAAUGUCGAGGUCGUCGAACAGAAAUUUGUCCGUCUUAAAAACUGGAAUACCGAGAAGCAAGUCACAGACACACUUCAUAAACAGAAAAAUAUGCCUUCACAUUGCGACGAGCAUCGCUGUAAGGGCUCAAUUAUGUUUCCAACCAAGAAUUCCUCAAACGGAGAGCUGAUGCCCAAAGACAUGGCAAAGAAAGACGCCGUUGAUUUCUUGAGGCAAUACUACGCAUCCUUGAAGAAAGUGGAUACCCCAGCACACAACCAAAGAGUUCAACAAGUUUUGAAAGAAAUCGACGACAGAGGAACGUACGAAAUUGAUGCGAAGGAGCUUGUAUUCGGUGCGAAACUAGCUUGGAGAAAUGCUCCCAGAUGUGUGGGAAGAAUCCAGUGGAAUAAAUUGCAGGUAUUUGACUCGCGAGAUGUGUUCAACGCCCAGCAGAUGUUUGAAGCAAUCUGCAAACACAUCAAGUAUGCAACAAACAAGGGAAACCUGAGAUCGGCCAUAACAGUGUUUCCUCAAAGACGAGGUCCAGGAAGAGACUUCAGAGUUUGGAAUUCUCAAUUGAUCCGAUAUGCAGGGUACAAGAAAGAGGAUGGCACAAUUAUUGGAGAUCCAGCCGGAGUCGAGUUUACAGACGUCUGUGUCAGUUUAGGAUGGGAACCAAAAUAUGGUAGAUUUGAUGUUCUGCCGUUGGUUCUUCAAGCCAAUGGUGAAGAGCCCGAGGUGUUUGAAAUCCCAGAAGAUAUUAUUUUGGAAGUGGACAUAACACAUCCAGAGUUCGAUUGGUUUGCCGAGCUUGGAUUGAAGUGGUAUGCAAUUCCUGCCGUUUCCAGUCUUAUGCUGAAUUGUGGUGGAAUUGAGUUUCCUGCAAUUCCCUUUAACGGAUGGUACAUGGGGACAGAAAUUGGAGCAAGGAACUUCGGGGACACCUACAGAUAUAACAUGCUUCCGAUUGUGGCAAAAAAAAUGGGACUGAACACUAGCAGCAAUGCGACACUUUGGAAAGACAGAGCGCUGGUAGAAUUGAAUGUUGCUGUCCUACAUAGUUACCAGCUUGCCAACGUCACUAUUGCUGAUCACCACAGCACCACAGAGUCUUUCAUGAAACAUGUUGCAAACGAGGAACGUGCUCGAGGUGGUUGUCCCGCAGAUUGGGUGUGGAUUGUCCCACCUAUUUCGGGGAGUGCUACCCCUGUCUUUCAUUUGGAAAUGUUAAACUACAACUUAAGACCCUCAUACGACUACCAGGAAGAUCCGUGGAAAGUCUACAACUUUACUAGAACAAAAAGACCAAAAAAGAAACUUCUUUUCAAACAAGUCGCCAGGGCGGUGAAGUUUUCAGCCAAGCUGAUGGGCCAAGCGAUGGCCAAGCGACAGAAAGCCACAAUUCUCUACGCAACGGAGACUGGAAAGUCAGAGCAUUAUGCAAAUCUAUUGAAGGAAUUGUUUUCCUAUGCAUUCAAUCCUAGGGUAUUUUGCAUGGCCGACUAUGAUUUCUCAGAUAUGGAAUACGAAGAGCUUCUUUUGGUCGUUACGAGUACCUUCGGUAAUGGAGAUCCCCCUGAGAACGGAGAGAGUUACGCGCACGAACUUUACGAACUCAGACAUCCUCCGAGCGAGAGCAAAUCAAAGUUCAAACGAACAACGAGUGCGUUACUAAUGGAAAUGAACAAGAAAAAGUCAAAUACGAAAAAAGAUGAAGAUGCGCAGCCACUUGCAAAUUUAAGAUAUUCUGUGUUCGGUCUUGGUUCCAAUGCCUACCCCAAUUUCUGCGCAUUUGCGCGAUCCAUUGACAAGCUGUUGUUGGAACUUGGCGGAGAGGCGAUUUUACCGUUGGGAACUGGAGAUGAGCUUUGUGGCCAAGAGGAAUCCUUUAAGAACUGGGCCAAGAAUGUAUUCAAGGCGGCAUGCGAGACAUUCUGUAUUGAGGAUACCAACAUGUCUGGUUCAGCCACACCCUUAGACACCAUCUCAGCUGAAUGGUCGCCAGAUAAAUUCAGAUUUGUUGAAGUGAAAGACAAGCCUGCACCGUUAUGUAAAAGUCUCAGUGAUCUCUAUCGGGGAACGAUUUACCCUUGCAAACUUGUUGAACAAAAAAAUCUACAGUCUGGGGAUGCAAGUCAUGUUACAUUGUUAGUCAAGAUCGAUACUCAGGGAGAGAAGAGCUUAGCCUAUGAACCUGGUGAUCACGUAUCAAUAUUCCCUGCCAAUGACGUCAAUCUGGUAGAAGCUCUGCUCAGCAAGCUUCACAAUGCUCCACAGCCGGAUAAACCAAUCAACAUGCAAUCAUCAACAGUUGAAUCAGGUCCUUUUGGCAAGGUGACGAAAUGGUACUCGGUCAACAGCCUGCCCAAUCCUUGCACAUUGCGCGAAGCAUUCUCAAGAUACAUCGAUAUCACAGCGACACCGUCACCACAAAUGAUCAACUACCUUGCAACAUUGGCCUCUGAUGAAGCAGAGAAAAAGGAGUUGGAAAUUCUUGGAAAGGGUGAAUCUGAAUACGAAGAGUGGAAGUACCAUAAAAAUAAAAACAUUGUCGAGAUGAUUCAAGAUUUCUCAUCCUUAAACCUUCCCGCUGCUCUUCUGUUGACGCAGUUGCCACGACUACAACCGAGAUUCUAUUCCAUCUCAUCGUCUCCUCAAGCGCACCCGGGAGAAAUCCAUGCUACUGUUGCUGUUGUGAGAUUUAAAAAAGAAAAUGGGCAAGGACCAGUGCACAAUGGAGUAUGUUCCACUUGGUUAGAAAGCCUUAAACCAGGAGAUAUGAUUCCAUGUUCUGUCAGACAUGCCAGUGCAUUUCACAUGCCCGAGAAUCCAUCAGUACCCGUCAUCAUGGUGGGACCUGGGACUGGCAUUGCACCGUUCCGCAGUUUCUGGCAGCAGCGUUUGUUUGAAAAGAAGAAUAAAUUGACAAACAAAGGGAAAAAUCAACGUCCGUCAACGCUUUCCAAGGACACGAAUUCUACAUGGGGUCCAAUGACGCUCUUUUUCGGUUGCCGCAGUUCGAAACAUGAUGAUAUAUACAAACACGAGACAACCCAAGCCAUAAAAGAAGGAGGGUUAGAUAAAGUAUACACAGCAUUCUCUAGGGAACCAAAUACACCAAAGACGUACGUACAAGAUUUAAUCAAGAAGCACGCCAGCGAGGUUUACGACAUGUUAGUGAACAAGAGCGGACAUUUUUAUGUCUGUGGAGAUGUUUCUAUGGCAGAUGAUGUUUAUAACUCACUAGAGAGUGCACUUGAGGCAGUGGGAAAAGAUCAGAAUAACAAUGUGGAAGACUUUGUGGAAAAUAUGAAGACCAACGGCUAUUACCAUGAAGACAUAUUUGGCAUCACGUUGAGAACAAAGGAAACGACCGACAGAGCAAGACAAAAACGUGGAACCUAUUCAGCAGCUUCAAGUUUUGAAGUACCAGUGGCAUCUGGACAAGUGGAAACGAACAAAUAAAAAAAAUGAACAAUAUUUAACAUUAGCAAACAAAUUAAGUAUGGCAUUAGACAUGCAUGAAUAGUAAUUUAUAGAUAGUCGAGGCUACGUUUACGCAAAUUAUGGACUAAUAAUUGGUCAAAAAUGACAAUUUAAGGUAACAGCACAUAUACCUGUUGAUAUUUACAUGAAGCCUGUUAUAUACAUAGUUACUAUUUCUCUAGUUUGCACAGAACAACAAUGAUCCAAUUCGUUUGUAUUAACAUAGGAAAUAGUACGGGUUAAACAAGCCCUACAUGAUUACGGUACAAAACCCGAAACUAGAGGUUCUGAAUAUUUUCUUAACUAAAACAGUAGAAACUAGAUAUUUGCUUUAACAAAGGUUUUUGCAAAUAAUAAUGUUAAAUAGACAGACCUUUGGGGUUUCCCUAUAACCGCCUAAUUCAUAUUUAGAACAAUUACUAUAAAAAAUAUUAAAUAUUGUAUAACUGCAUUAAUUUAUUCAAUGACCGUUGUCAACAAAUCGUUUACAGAGUAUAGCAGAA